GAACAACAAAAUACAAAAAUGGACGAAAUGAAAAAAAAAAUGGAACAAUGCCUAAAAUUUCCUCGUGAUGUUCAGGCAUUCUCAUUAGUAAUGCAGGCUCAAUUCUUGGAAAUUGGUGAUAGAAAGGUUUCUUUUCUAACAGAACAAAAAGAAUGUAUUCCUGAGAAUAUAAGAGCUCAACAUGACCAAUACCUCGAGGAGUGGAAUAAAGACGAUGCAUUAUUUGUAGAUACCAGGGCAGCUAGAUAUACGCUUUCAUCUCUACAAUCUAAUAAUUGUCUUCUUGUAACUGGUAGCUCAGGGACAGGAAAAUCUUUUAUUGUCCACCAUAUUGCAUUACAUCUGCUUAAUAAGGAAGGAUAUGAAAUAAUACCGUUUGUUACCGGACCAUCAGACAUAAUACACUAUUAUGAUCCCAAAAGGAAACAGGCAUUUGUUGUUGACGAUAUAUGUGGUAAAGAAUCUAUAAACAUACAGAUUAUUGAGCUGUGGAAAUCAUACAACUCAAAUUUAGAAAAAAUAUUUUUGCGAAGUCAUAGGAACUCUCUAGGCAAAGAUGUAUUUCAAGGUACAAAAUUGUUAAUUUCGUGCAGACUUCUUAUCGCGAAGGAUAAACAAUUUCGAAACAUCGACUUGUUCACAAGAAAUGAAUGUAACUUGCUCUCGUUUAAUAUGUGUCUCUUGCCGCGUGAAAGAUUGCAAAUGAUACAGAAGUAUCUCUCGGAAAAAAUGAUCCAUUACGUCGAAAGUAUAUUGGAAAAUUUUGAUUUUUUUCCUCUUCUAUGUUGUCUUUCUAAAAACAAGACGUCUGAGGAACUUGUUAAUCUAUUUUCUUCUCCGAUCGAAAUUAUCAAAAGUGAUGUAAAUAAUAUACAUUUGCAAAAUAGAUUCCAGUUCUGCGCAUUGGUUCUAUGUGUAUUGUUCAGGGAAGGAUUCAACGAAAAAUGGGUACAUUCCAAAUCUAUGCCUGAAGAAAUUAAAUCUAAAAUCUAUGAAAUAAUAAAAGAACUGAGUAUAGACCUAACUAUUGAAUCGUCAAGGAAGUUUUUAAUCGAAGGGUUUACAAUCUUGGAGGGUACAUAUUUGAAAAAAAGAGGUACAAGCUAUAGAAUUAUUCAUGAUAAAGUAUACACUUUAAUAUCAGUAAUUUGUGGUGAGCAUUUGACAACUUGUUUCUUGAAAUACGCUCCUAGCUCAUUUGUACGUGAUAAUUUCUUAUUUACAUGUUGCAAAUCAAAGAAAGCAGACAGUUUCAUUUUACUCGAUGCAGAAAUGGAGGAGGAAUAUUUUAGCAGGCUGCACAAUGAUUUAAGGAAUAGAAAUUUGAACAGUACAUUUCAUAAUAAACUUUUGAAAUAUAAAUCAUUCAGGAAUAAGUUAUUAAAAUAUUUGAAGCAAAACGAAGAAGCAAUGGGUUUGUUAAAAGAUAUGAAUAGAAACGGUUUUGAGGUAGAAAAAACAAGUCUAAUAAAAUAUAAAUAUUUUCGGAAUUUUACAAAUCCGAUGAUAGAAGCAUCAGAAGAAGGUUUCCCAGAUAUAUUGAAAUUCUUAAUAGAUAUAGAAUUUGAUGAGGAAUAUAUAGACACAAGUAUAUACACUUUAUACACAGCAUGUCGCGCAGGGAAUGUCAACAUUGUUAAACUUUUAUUAAAUGAAAAUACUGCUAUACGGUUUGCAUGUACAAGUAUUAUCGCACUGGAUCCGACAGUUGGCCUACCACUACUGCUCGUGUCUUGUAUAGAAGGUCACACGACUGUAGUGAAACUUUUACUCGAUGGUAUAGCAGAUCUUGUUCAGUGUAUUCAAAGAGACGAGGAGUCCCGUGUUCACCAUGCUAAUGAAGUUGGAUAUACUGACCUAGAUAAUUUAUUCUACAUGUCUCAAGGCAUCGAUUUCUCUAAGUUUUGCGUGCAUGGUAAAUCUCCAAUAUAUAUGGCAUGUUAUAAAGGACAUUUUGACAUAGUGGAAAUAUUACUUGAUAAUGAUGCUGACACUUCAAUUCUGUGUGACAGGUUAUUGUUUGCGAAGGCUUGCAAGAAUGGAUAUGCAAAGAUACUUAAUUUUUUAAUAAAGAAUUAUAAACAAACUAUUAAUUUUGAUGGAAAUAUACUUUUGGUAGAAGCUUGCAUAAGAGGGCAUACUGAAAUAGUCAAAGUUUUAUUAGAAAAUUACACUGAUGAACUUCAAUAUAAAUUUAAUCGAAGACUACCAUUGCUAAUAGCUUGUCAGAAAGGGCAUUCAGGCAUAGUUCGAUUGCUAUUGCGGUACAGUGGUUAUGGUUCUCAAUGUCCUUCAGAUGAACGCACAACAAGCGCACAGCUUAUUGCCAGUGAAAUGGAAUACGAUGAUAUAGAGAAAAUGGUAUCUGAAUAUAACUUGCAUGCCAAAUUAUAUGGAUAUUCAAAUUUAUGUAUUGCCGGUUAUAUAGAAGAAGAAAACAAAUUAUCUUUUAAAGUUGAAAGUGGCUAUUACAGCAAGUAUGCGAAACUAUUAUUACAAAUGGCAUGUUACAUUGGACAUUUUAGAACAGUGCGAGUCUUACUUGAAUACAACCUUGACGUGAAUCAAUGUAACAGUAAUGGGGUAUCAGCGUUAUAUGCUGCUUGUGUGAAAGGACACACAAAUAUAGUUAAUCUUUUAUUGGUAGAAAAUGCUGAUGUUUCACGAUGUGACACAUUUGGAAAGUCCCCUUUAUUUGUAGCCUGUGAAAACGGUCAUACUGAUAUUGUUAAACUGUUGCUAAAGCACAAUGCCGGAAAUUCUCAAUGUGGGAAAAGCAAAAAGUCACCCUUUUUCGUGGCUUGUGAAAAAGGACAUGCAAAUAUAGUCCAAAUUCUAAUGAAAACAAACAUAAACAUGUAUCAGAGUGAUAGAUUUGGGAGAUCACCAUUGUAUAUUGCAUGUAAAGAGGGACAUGCUGAAAUAGUGAAUAUCUUAUUAUCAAACAAUUCAAAUAUGUCUUUGCAUAAUAGGUACGGAAAAUCAGCAAUGUGCGCUGCUUGUGAAAAUGGACAUUUACCAACAGUAAAUCUUUUAUUAAAAAACAACAUUGAUUUCUCUCAUUGUGUUUAUGGGGAGUUCCCAUUAAUAAUAACAGCUCUUGGAAGAGGGCACGUCGAUAUAGCAAACAUGAUGGUGCAGAAUAAAGCUGGUCAAUGUCAGUGUGAUACGUUAUAUCGUAGACAAUGCCUUGCUGUCUGUGAAAAGCAGUAUAUAACUAUUUUAAAAUUAUUGGAAGAGUUAAGCAUUGGAAAUGCAACGUCAUUUGCUGAUGAUUCUGGUGUAGUUGAAAUUUUAUUAUACACACCUCCAGACGAUCCAAACAAGGUUAUGUGUUUACCUCGUCAACGACUAUAUACUGAUAUAUUCAAUCUGUUCUCUGAAAUGGAAAAAGCAAAAUGAAACCUUGAACAACAAUCAGAAUAAUAAGCAAUAAAGGCUUGUUGAAAUAUAACUAUUAAUAAUAAAUGACUGAUAUCUUAUAAUACCGUAAAUCGUUGCACCUGCAUUACAUUACUCAGUCGCUCAAUAAACCACGUGUCAAACGUGAAACUAAUUUCCGACGACAAAAUUCGAAAGAAGAAUACAUGUGUAUAUCAAAGGAACUUCUGGAAGUACAACAAUGAGUACAAAAUUUAGGUGUAUUUUGUGGACUAUAGUUUUUUAACAGGUGAAUUGUCAAUUCAAGAUCUGAAAAUCUGUUGGUUUUUUUUCUUUUUUGGCUGAUGAACUGACACGAACUGUUCCCUAAGUAAAGGUUACAUGUAGUUAUGCAAGUAAAAUACCUUCAGUUCAAGUAAAUAUAUAAGUGAGAAGGGUUCGUCUCCUAAAAGUUUAUGUAUUGAAAUAUUGCAGAUCUGUAUAUGUAGACUGAAUGUAUAUUGUCCUCUAUGUGUAAUGUCGUUAUUUAUCACAGAGUUGCCGUUCUUUUGCCGUUCACCACAAAGCCGACUACUGUUGAAAGAAAGAUAACCGCUGUAUUUCAUUUCUAUAAAUGAAUUACAAAGAUGAAAACAACACGUUAAAUAGUUUUUUUAUGACAAAAUAUACAUAAGAAAAAAAUGAAAUGUGAGAAUGCAAUUCCAUUUCUCUGUUUUUUUAUUUAUUUUGGGAGGUGAGGGAGGAAGUUAACUUUGUUUUAAAUUAAUAUUACUUGUCGUUUAUUAAGGUGGCUCGUGGGUAAAAAAUUUCAGCAAAAAAUUAAAACUUUAUUUUUUCAUUACUUUUAUUUAUUACACUACUAGUUAUUACUUUAUGAAAUGGUACAAAAAUCAACCCAAAAAAUUGAUUCGGUUUGGCCCCAGAUGACUUUUUUUAAAAUGUUUAUAUCAUUGAAAAAGCUCCAAAUUAUCUCCCUUUGGUGCAAAAAUGCCAUUUUUUGGCAUUACAUUUUAAAUAUCCUUUUUAGCUCAUCGGUGACCUAUAUUUUUUAUUAUUGUUUUCAAAUAAGCUGUACAUAAACUAAAUAAUUGUAAAAUUUAAGCGAUUUCUGUUAAUAGGUUAUUUUUUUAUUUUGAUAUUACCUCUAUUUCUCCUAUUAGUUCAACAGAAAAAAAGGACGUUAACAAAAAUGUAUGCUUCUUCCAGAGGCAGUUUGUGAGCUUAAAUUUUUGUUUUCUUUUAAGUAUAUGAUAUAGUUCAUUUAUAAAAAAAAAGUAUAGCGAAAUCCUAUAUUAGAAAAAAAAUGUAUGUAUACCCAUGAGCCCCCUUAAAUAGAAAAACGAUGAAAAAAAUGUCAUGUCUUUUAAAUAUAGUACAUGUAACUGACCAAAACGACAACACACUCUUCAAAAUAUAGAGAGAAAAAUAAAGGAGUAAAAACCUGAAAUAGGUACAUGUACAUGUAUACCUUACUGUUAUGCAAUAUAACACGCACGGAAAUAUAUGUUGUACAUGUAACAGUGAAUUGCAAUGCAGAUGAAAAUUUACCCCCUCCAAAAAAACAACCCCGUGUAUACAUACA